AUGCUCUUCCUGGGGGGCGGGGCUAAUAGAGGGCGAGGCCAAUCAGGGACAGAGCCAAGAGGGCGGGGCUGCGAGAAGGGGCGGGGGCAGAGGAGCAGUGGGGGAGGGACUUCCAGAAGGGGGUGGGGCUUAAAGGGUGUGAGCCCCAGUUGGUGGGGGAGGGGCAGCGCUCCGAUCGGGGUCCCCCAUCACCCCCACUCCCCCCGCUCAGGGUCGGGCUGGGGCUGCCGGGCGGUGCUCGCCGAUGGCCACCAGCGCACGGUGCGGAGGGUGGCGUGGUCGCCCUGCGGCUCCUACCUGGCCUCUGCCAGCUUUGAUGCCACCACGUGCAUCUGGAAGCGGUGCGAGGACGGCUUCGAGUGCGUCACCACGCUGGAGGGCCACGAGAACGAGGUGAAGUCGGUGGCCUGGGCGCCCUCGGGCAACCUGCUGGCCACCUGCAGCCGCGACAAGAGCGUCUGGGUCUGGGAAGUGGAUGAGGAGGAGGAAUAUGAGUGCGUCAGCGUCCUCAACUCGCACACUCAGGACGUCAAGCACGUGGUCUGGCACCCCAACCAGGAACUGCUGGCUUCGGCCAGCUACGACGACACAGUGAAGCUGUACCACGAGGAGGAGGACGACUGGGUGUGCUGCGCCACGUUGGAGGGCCACGAGUCCACCGUGUGGAGCGUGGCCUUCGACGGCAGCGGUGAGCGCCUGGCGUCCUGCAGCGACGACAAGACGGUGCGCAUCUGGCAGUGCUACAAGCCCGGCAACGAGGAAGGGGUGGCGUGCAGCGGCACCGACCCCACCUGGAAAUGUGUCUGCAACCUCUCCGGCUACCACACCAGGACCAUCUACGACGUGGCAUGGUGCCGCCUCACCGGAGCGCUGGCCACGGCCUGCGGCGACGACGCCAUCCGCGUCUUCGAGGAGAGCGCGUGCUCCCCCCCGCAGCAGCAGCCCACCUUCAGCCUCGCCGCCCACGUGCCGCGGGCGCACUCGCAGGACGUCAACUGCGUGGCCUGGAACCCGAAGGAGCCGGGGCUGCUCGCUUCCUGCAGCGACGACGGCGAGAUCGCCUUCUGGAAGUACCAGCGGCCCGAAGCGUGCUGAGGGCACGGGGCACUGCGGCAAGGCCGUGCUCCUCCUCCCAAAGCCCCCUGGUGUCACAGAGAACGGGAGGGGGGUGGCCAACCUGUGUCCUGCCUCCCUCUGCCAUUUGGACUCCAGCCCUCCUGCAGCACGGGGCAGGUGCAUUGUGUCUGUCCCCAAAGUCACAGCUCCUCUGCCAGGAGGGGGGGGUGGCUUUGAGAGAGGGGACACUGCCCUUCCCUGCUGCUGUGUGCUCCAUAAAUCCCUGCUGUCAGCCCAAA